AUGGCCACGGCCGAUACAUUCAGCACAUCACCAACAACCACCAAUAGCCGCGACAUCUCGCAACAACAUGAACAACAGCACCCGACUUCCCCAGUGUUGGCACUGCGUUUCCCUGCUGUCUACGACACUAUCGACACGGCCUGUCACGAUGCCAAGACGGGCGGCCAUGACCAGCCUCGCGGGGGGCUUGCUCAAGUGUUUACAGAUGCCUACCACGACAUACUACGUACCUGGAUGGGCCUCCACCGCUCGUUCGGCGAGCCUGCCGCCGCCACAUCUCGCCGUGGCCGUACAACGGACUAUCACACAUUUACACAACAGUACGACAGCGACAACUCGUCCUCCUCAUCCAGCGCUGCGUAUUGCGGCGGCGCGCGUUAUGCCGUGAGCAACAGCAGCAACGCCAGCGCCUUUGCCGCCGAGGUUGGCGACAUGGUCCUGGGGCCGUACAUCAACGGCCUGCUCGUGUGCGUGCCCGUCGGCGUCGCCGCGUACCGCGCCGCCGCGCCCUCCCUCGUCGUCUUCGCCGUCAACGCGCUGGCCAUUGUGCCGCUGUCGUCGCUGCUCACGGACGCGACGGAGCGGAUUGCCUUUGAGGCGGGUGACGCCGUCGGUGCGUUUCUCAACAUAAGCUUGGGGAACAUUGUAGAGCUGAUUCUGUUUGUGACGCUUAUAAACGGUCACGUCCGGAUCGUGCAGGCCUCCAUCCUGGGCUCCAUCCUCGUCAACCUCCUGCCCAUCCUCGGCAGCGCCCUCGUCGCCGCCCACGCCACUGCCGGCGACGACUCUCUCGCCAGCACCGAGACGCAGAUGCUGGCCUGCCUGCUCUUCGUCUCCGUCUUCAUCUUCAUGAUUCCCACUGCCUUUACUUUUACGUUCCGCGACACCCACCGCAACAUCAACGACAUGGUUGUCGACAUGAGCCGCGCCUCCGCCAUCCUCAUUCUCUUCAUGUACGUCGCCUACUUCUUGCACACCAUGCAAAGCAGCAGCAGCCGCGCGCCCGACGAGGAAGAAGACGACGCCGCGCAGCUGCGCACACCCAUCACGCCGCCGCCGCUGUUGCGCCGCACGUCGCCGCCGCCGACGCCCGGGCCGCGCACGCUGCGCUUCGCCGACAGCACCAAGACCGAGCCCACCUCGAACCUGUACGCCCGCCGCGUGUUUGAGAUUGGCCCUGCGAGCGUCGACUCGGACCGCGCCGACGAGGAACCGUCCCGCGGCCGCUCCCCUACCGUCUCCUCGCCGCUGCUGCCCUUUGCCCCGCGCAUGCGUCGGUGGCGGUCGCGCUCCUUGUCAGCCGGGUCCAGCUGCAGCCGCGCCUCGUCCGGCAUGAGCCGCGGGUGGCCGCAGCAGCAGCGCUCCUUUGCGCGGGCCGGCCUCGCGCGGGUCCUCAGCAAUGACCGGCGCGCCGGCGCCGCCUCGGAGCAGGAGGACGAGAUUCUGCAUGCUCCCUCUGACCACGGCAAGCUCGGCGCCGUGGCCGCGUCCGUCACCAUCCUCCUCCUCGCGUCCAUCUUGCUCGCCGUCUCGGCGCGACUGCUCGCCGGCACGCUCGACGCUGUCACGCGUCGCCGCGGCCUGUCCGAGGCCGUCAUCGGGCUCAUCAUCCUGCCGCUGGCGGGCAACCUGUCGGGCUACCUGACGGUCGUGGCGGUCGCGGCGCGCGACAACCUCGACCUCGCCGCCGCCGUGUCGGCCGGCUCGGCGAUCCAGAUCGCGCUGUGCGUCGCGCCGCUCACGGUGCUCGCGGGCUGGGCGCUCGGCCGGCCCGUCACCCUGGCGCUCGACGUGCUCGAGAUGGCCAUGCUGCUGGGGGCCGUGUCGCUGGUCAACCUGCUGGUGUUGGGUGGUGGUGGCCGCGGCAGCGACGGGCGUAGGGCAACGGGCUUGAAAGGUGGCAUCUUGUGCGCCUGCUUUCUGGUGAUGGGAAUUGCGGCCUUUUUCGCUCCAAACGAUAGUUAG